AUGCAGCUGGCCGUGCUGGCCCGGCUGCUGUCCGUCGGGCGGGCGGUGCUGGCGGCGCUGCGAGGGCGCCUGGGCGCGCUGUGCUGGAGCCUGGCUCCCCUGCCCCUGCCCUUGUCCCUGUCCCUGUCCCUGUCCCUGCCCGGCUGGCGGGACUCGGGCCCCCGGCAGCGGGAACAGGAAUGGGACGAUGCGCUCCCCACGCCCACCAGUGUGAAUUACCACUUCACCCGGCAGUGCAACUACAAGUGCGGCUUCUGCUUCCACACGGCCAAGACCUCCUUCGUGCUGCCCCUGGAGGAGGCCAAGCGGGGGUUGGCGAUGCUCAAGGAAGCAGGAAUGGAGAAAAUCAAUUUCUCGGGAGGAGAACCAUUUCUUCAGGACAGAGGCGAGUUUGUAGGCAAACUGGUCCAGUUUUGCAAGCAGGAGUUGGAGCUCCCAAGCGUCAGCAUUGUCAGCAAUGGCAGCCGGAUCAGAAAGCAGUGGUUCGAGAAGUACGGUGAAUAUUUAGAUAUUCUGGCAAUUUCGUGUGAUAGUUUUGAUGAGGAUGUCAACGUUUUAAUUGGCCGUCAUCAGGGAAAGAAGAACCAUGUGGAAAAUCUGCAUAAACUGAGACAGUGGUGCCGAGAGUAUGCUGUUGCUUUUAAAAUAAAUUCAGUCAUCAACAGAUUUAAUGUUGAGGAAGAUAUGAAUGACCAGAUCAAGGCACUCAAUCCUGUGCGCUGGAAGGUAUUCCAGUGCCUGCUUAUCGAAGGGGAGAACAGUGGUGAGGAUGCUCUAAGAGAAGCAGAAAAAUUUGUUAUCAGUGAUGAAGACUUUGAUCGAUUCCUGGAUCGUCACAAAAAUAUCUCUUGUUUGGUACCUGAAUCUAAUCAGAAGAUGAGGGAUUCAUAUCUCAUUCUGGAUGAAUAUAUGCGUUUUCUAAACUGCAGAAAUGGACGGAAAGAACCUUCCAAGUCCAUCCUGGAUGUUGGUGUAGAAGCAGCUAUAAAAUUCAGUGGAUUUGAUGAAAAGAUGUUCCUAAGAAGAGGAGGAAAGUAUGUGUGGAGUAAAGCUGAUAUGAAACUGGACUGGUGAUUCAAUAUACUGAGUUAGAGCAGUGCAUUCUGUAAAAAUAGGUGUAUAUUUAUAGGUGAGUGUAUACUUGUGUGUAAUGCUUUAAACUACACUCAGUAUUUUACCCAGACUGAUGUUCAUUAUAACUCUUUAUGUGAAUAUGUUACAUGUUUUUAAAUGCAGAUUACAUUGUCUAUUAUUUUCUUGAGCAUGACCAAAUACUUUCAGAGCUUUCACAUGAACAGAUCUCUGAAAUAAACUUUCUAGUCUAUUGCACCAAGCUAACUAUUUUUAUAUAAUACUACAUGAGUGUGCAUGCCAGAUAACAAACCAAAAAACACCCCAAACCCUAAAUCAUUCAAAACAGCUGUAAUGAUGGAGAAGUCAAAAUUCUUAUCAGGGAAUGCAUUCUGCCUGUUUCUCAGGGAAAGAUGAGUUGCAGUUCCUGGAUAGAUCACUGGAGGGCCAGCUGGCAGGCCUCUGGAAGUACCUUCUGCUUUUUUCAGGGGUAACAGAGGCUCAGAAUCUAGGAAUCAUUAAGUAAUAAUGUAUUUUAAAGGAAAUCAAGGUGAAAAAAUUGGCAAAUUUUAUUCUUUAAGACUUAAUUGUAACAGCAUGUUCUCCUCCUCUGUAAAUGUACAUGAUAUUUGCAAAAAUGUUGGGGGAUGUAAUUUUCUGUGAAAACAUAUUUUAAGUGAUGAAAAAAUAUUGUAUUUGUCCAUGCUAAAACUUAAAGGUACAUUGCACCUAAUGAUAAACAACACAUCAUAUUUCACACUGGCAAUGUCUUUAGUUCUAACAAAUAUUUGCAGUGAAACACUGUUUUCUUUUUAUUAAUAUUUCCAUUUUCCUUUCAUCUGCAAAUAUUGAUUUAUUAUUUUAAACUAUUUUUGAAUCAUGGGCAUACAGUUCUGAUGAAGAGCCUUUCUCAAACUAAUUAAUACCAUGUAGAACACCCUAACAUAUAUCUUCUGUUGCAUACUAGCUUUUUAUUUGGCUAAGCCAUGGAACUACAAACAGUAAAAUUCAUGUAUCAAGCAACCUUGUUUUAAAGGUUGCUUGUCUCAGUAACUAAUUAUCUUGCUGGCUGAAAACCUGCAGACAUUAAAUGAAACUAAUUUGGUUUUGUGAGAGCUACCUUUGACUUUAAGAGCAGGUAGCAUAAAUAUAAUAUAGAAAAAAAAAUUAAAAAUCCUCAAAACCUAAUAAUAAUAAAAUAUAAAAAAAAAUAAUCUAAUAUACUGCCCUCAUUCUCGGUUUUCUGGCAAUUGUUACAGCUUUAAUUGCAGGUUUUCAAAUCCAACUAGUCCCAUCCUCUGUCUGAAGGUAUGGAGAUAGGUAUUGCACAGAGCAGAAGUGAGACAGCACCACUCAUUCAUUCUGUCCACUGAACUCCAUGUCUGGACUGUUUCACACAUUUAAAUAUUUGCAACAGUUGGGAGCCAGCAUGCAUUAAAUGUACCACGUUGAGAAAAUGACACAUUCUUUCAUUUUUUUGGAAAUGCUAGCUGAUUUUUUUAAGAAAGAAAUUUUUGAAAGAAAAUGCAUCUUCAAAGUUGAAGGGGGAAAAUGCUUAAGUGGGAGCUGUUACUUCUGUGUCAAGUGAAGUGCUCCUCUGAAUAUACAGUGAAAAUGUUUCCAUUUAUAAUUCCUUCAGUUUCUAUUUUUACUGUCCUAACUGUAAAUAUACUCAGUGGUGCUCUUUUGUCCCUUCGUGUUUUGCAUUUUGCAAUCACAACACUUCCUAGACACUGACAUUUCAGUAUUUUCUUUUCUUGUAUUAACACUAAGUGACAUUUAAAAUGUGGCCCACACACAGUAACCCCACAGUCUUUUGGCAGCUAUUUCACUGACCUUGGCUGGAGUUCUCCCUGGCUUUAUGGGCAGUGCAAAUUUAUGUAACUGGGGUUUGACUUCCCCUGCUCAAAUAUUAAAUCUAGUCUCCUCCUCAGUACCUACACCACACUGAUAGAAAAGAAGCAUUUUCUUUGCUGCUGGCUCAGUCCCAGCAUGGGAAAAGAUUUAGUGCAAUAAUGUACCAAAAAAAUCUACCACCCUGCAGCUUCUGCAGAAAAUGCCAGCUGUAGCACAGCACACAGAUAUGAGGUACACAAACUCCCGUUCAGAUCCAGAAAUCCUGUCAUUCUUUGCUUUGCAUUUUACCCUGAAAAUGGCUAUUCUUUUGCUUCCUCUGUGCCUACAGAGGAAGCUGCAGGAGAAACAAGGAGCUGAAAAUGUCAAAAUUCAGUAAAUAAUGCACAGACAUUUAAGAUGGUUUUUGUUAGAUGGUUGUAUGUUCUUGCCUUCUUAAAAUGCUAGGUAUUUCACAUCACUGUCUUGUUACCAUACAUACUUAGUGAAAAGUUUCUGCUCUGUGUGAUACUCUUUUUCAAAGGAAAUAUGUGUUGUGUACAUUGUAAAUGAAGGAUCUCACACUACAGUUUGAGAGCCAUUUAAGUUAAUGGCAUUUUUAUAUGCAAAUUUGUUGUUGUGUAAAACAACAAAAACUUGGCUAGAGUUGAUAAAUCUAGUUCAUUUAAAAAAAAAACAUAAACACAGUUCAUAUUGGACCAAAAGCAGACUUCAGGCUUUCAUUAUAUCGUAAGGGCUACUACCUUACAGUAUGGAACUAGAAAAAUAAAACUGGAUUCAACAGGAUUAAUCCCAGGCUUAGUGAUUACAGGUAUGUUGUGAUCCUGAAAAGUCAGGAUUAAAUUUAAGUCUUAUAAGCACAGAUAUGCUUAAUCAUAUCUUUGUGUAUAAUAUCAUAGUAUUGCAGCUAAGCCCUUGCUAAAGAUGUUGAAUUGGGAAGGAACUCGCACUGCAUUCUACUAACGUCAUACAAUUGCUUCUAUGUAUAAAAAAAUGUAGAGAAUGAGUGUUGGGGAGGAUGACUUCUGAUAAAAUUGUGACUAUACCUCGGGUAAUGAGUAAAAUUGUGACUUAAGAUGCACUUUAGAAUGCCCUCUUUUUCAGUGUGAAGGAUGCUGAUAUAUUUGAAUGUCACAAAUUAUGAAUUUUGGA